GCUCCCUAGCGGAAUAUACUGGCACUGCACAAGUGAAAAACGAAAGUGGGGAGCAGAAGAGAGGUCUCCAUAUUUUAAUAUUUGUCUGUAGUUUCGCGCUCCCCUGGGCUUUUGAUUCAGCCAAAGAAAGCGACGUAUUGCCAACAAAUGAUAGUGAAGAACAAAAUUUUCCUGUUUUUAUGCAGGCUGAGUUGGAGUUGAAGCACUCACUGACAGUCUCAGUGUCUAGCAAAAAUGUCACACAUCAAGUGUGCCAUCAAUGACUCAGCAGAGAAGUAUGGAGGAGUCCUUAACAUCAAGGAGGAACUGUACGACCUGGAGUAUGACUAUGACAGGGCAAACCAUUGUGCUCAAAACGUGCCAUUUGAAUUAGGACAACAGCUGGAGACAGCCCUGAAACAGAGUCCUCUUCAUGAUGUAUUUCACCCUAAAGAUGAUACGCAACUUACAGGUUUGUAUACUACAAAAGGAAACAGUGAACAAGGUGUAUUGUCCAGAGAAGGAUUUAGUAGUAACUCUUUCUCCAUGCCUCGCAAUGUCAAAUCAGAACCAGAUUUAAGUGAUACACACCUUACAGGCACAUGGACUUCAGAAGAAGACUGUGAACAAAGUGUAUCAUCCAAAGAAGGAUUUGAUAGAAACCCUUUCUCGAUGCUUCCCAAUGUCAAAUCAGAACCAGAUUUAAGUGAUACACACCUCACAGGCACUACAGAACAAGACUGUGAACAAAGUGUAUUGUCCAGAGAAGGAUUUGAUGGUAGCUCUUUCUCAGCGCUUCCCACUGUCAAAUCAGAAACAGAUUUAAGUGAUAAGCGUAACAUAGGUACAAGGGCAACAGAAGAAAACAGUGAACAAUGUGUAUCAUCCAAAGAAGGAUUUCAUAGUGACUCUUUCUCGGCACCUCCCAAUGUCAAAUCAGAACCAGAUUCAGAACCAGAAAGUUACGAAAGUGUUUGCAUCAAGGAGGAACCAAAUGACCCAGGGUAUGAUGCUGCAGAUCACAAUAACGCUGACAUCCCAUCAUUUGGAGCAGAGAACCAAGAUGGAGAACAGGGUCCUCUCAGGAUUUGGACUGUUACAUCGUCACAGCUUGUGCCUUUGUCUAAAACUAAGGGCCACCAUGCGACUAGGACAAGUUCGGUACAUGAAAACGUUGCUGUUGGUGCCCAGUCGUUACCGAGGGACAAAGACAAACAAGACGUCAAUCAGUCCGCCAUGGAAGCACAAAGCGGGACGUCACAUGAUGACCUUCAAGUGUCCUUGGGAGGACAGGUCAAACGAGGUCAUCAAGAGUCUGUUGUCGAGAUCAAUAAGAGGCAAAAACGAGGGAUCGUCACCUCACCAGCAAGUACAGUUGUUAGACAGGAGGGUGAAGAUGAAGACAUGAUUGAUACUGAGGCUGUCUCGAACAAGAAGACAGCUAUGACGUGCAGUUUCUGCUCGUCGACAUUCACAAGCAAGAUUCUAUACGAGACCCACCAAUGUAGGGACGCCAUCUACUACUGUAAGAUCUGUUACCUGGAAAGUACCAGGCCGCGCCCGUACACCCUGACGCCGCUCCCCAAAGCCGAACGACAUUUCUACCUGCAUUUCCAUCCGGCGUACUUCGGAACAACGGAUCCCACCAUGACGGACUGCCUGACGUUCAAGUGCCAGCUUCCUGAAGAGCUACAAGGGAAGACGUCGCUACUGAAAUACGAGGAGGUAGACUCACUGAAGGAUCUUUACAUUGGGAUCUUCCAGUCACGAGGGGACAACCCGUAUAACUGUGGUUUAUGUGGGGAUAGCUUUACCACAGUAGGUGCUAGGGUGUGGCACAUUUCCAAAGCUCACUUGGAGCACAAGAAUCGGAAAUGUGGCGCAACAGAAUGCGAGAACUCGUUCUACGCGACAAGCCAACAGGACAAGCUUCUGCGGCACAUGUUUGCGGCGCACUGCGACUUCGUGAAGGGACAGUCGGUGCACCUGAAGUGCAAGUUCUGUACGAUGCAGUUUCGGGACCGUACGGACUUAGAGUGGCACUUCUACUGGCACAUGAAACCGGACAUGAAGUUCGGAAUGGCGGCUCAGAAAUAUUCCUUAGGUCAGCCAAUGGAGGAUUUAACAUCCGAAGAUGCUCGUACGUUUCAUUUCCGAUGCACCAUAUGCACUUUUGAAUCUGUGGAUAGCGUGAAGGUGCAACUAUACACGGCCGCGGAUUCACGCGACCACCUAGCCUGGCACUGGAAGAAUCAACUUCCGCCAGAAAUCCGGAAUAAUCCGACCAUUUUCAACUUCGAAGCAGACUUUGACGCAAUCUACAACUUGUACAUGACCCCGCAUGCUCCUGAUGCGAUGGUGAAAUGCAAGUUUUGUGGCAAAAAGGUGACUGGAGAAGGUAUGUGUAGACACUUAGAGUCCUGGCAUAAAGACCACAUCAGGAAACCCCACCGCUGCACACGUCCAGAGUGCAAACAUCUACAGUUCAUAAGGAAACAGGACUUUUUUGGGCACAUGUUCUUGCAGCAUGUCGGCGUUAUCAAGACUGAGACGACGUUCGUGUUUUCGUGUCAGAUCUGCGGAAAGACGUUUCCGAACCGACGUCAGGUGGAAUGGCAUUGCUACGCUCACAGGGUCAGGCUGACGAUUUCAGCAAGACGGUGGAAAACAAAAUGCAAUUGAAAUAUCGAGAAAAAAUGUGCAAUUUAUAUGCAUAUAUAUAUUAUGUAUUAGUAAUGCAAAUAGAUGUACAAUGCUACAUGCAAAUAUAAGUCAAUUAAAGUGCAAUAUUGUAAGGACAUUUUUAUAGAGACGUACAAUGUACUUGAAUGUAGGAAGCACUAUUAAAGUUAUACGCAAACAUUUA